AUUCAAUUUACUCCUUGAUAUAUUCCCAGUUGCAUCUGUGGUUAGUACCACAAAAACAUACAAAAGAAGUGGUGAUAGAAAUGGAGUUAAUUCAGAGGAAUGAAUAGGCUAGGCUAUACGGGUACUGUACAUUUUCUUUAGCCUUUUUUCUUUCCUCUUGUACAAAACAAAUUAGCUUGAGCCAUCAACCAUUGCACAUAGCUUAGAUUAAAAGUCACUGCAGAGUCCGUUUGAUCCUCAAAAGCAGUGCCACAAGACAUCUUGUUUUGUCUACACAGGCGCCUCCGUGUGGUCACGGCGGGAGCUGUUAUUCGCGUGGAGGGCACAUAUUUUGAGCCAAGAGCCAAGAUGAAAUUAUGUGAGAAGCAGAGAACGCUCCGGCGCGCUUUGUCUGUUUUCUUGGGCUCAGUUGGUUGAGUUUUACGGCGGAUGCACGCGCUCACCACAGCAUCACACCAGUCUGGGUCCGAGUGCGUGUGUGCGCGUUCUCAAGUGUGUUUAGUCUGUCUAUUAGAGUGACCCCCCAGCGAGCUGUUAAAGGAAGAGCAGAGAGCUGAGUCAACGAAUCGCGAGGAGAAGGAUGCAACAGUUGCACCGAGCACUCCAGGCGCGUCCUGUGCACUCAGUGGGGCAGAAGAUGGUGGAUUUGCACCGGACAAUAUAAGGAGCGUAGAACUUUAUGUGACAAAGUUUCAUUUGAUAAGGCGGUGAGCAGUCGGAGGUUGUGCGUCUCGCUCAAAUGGACAGGCACAGACGUGAGUUGAGUGGACACGCUGUGCUUCUGCGGCUAUGUGGAUGAAGAAGGACUUUGGUUUGGUGUGCAGCGGGGAGUAGCGGCGCAGUCUGUGCAGCCAACAUGCAUCGGAUCGUGCAGAGGAGACGGGUGCGCAAGCUGCGCCUCGUCUGGGCUUCUCUGGCGCUCGUGGCACUGUCCUUGGCCGCGUGCAGCGCGCUCUUCACGGCGUGGACCUGGCGUCAAACCCGAGACCUCUCUCAGUCGUUUAAAGUCCUGCAGGAUCGGCUUGAGCAGGUUAAUACACAGAGGAAGGCCAUCGUUCAACUCAUUCUGGAGAAGAGAGAGCUGCUGGUCGGCCAGAGAGUCAAGAGAGACGGGGGAACGCUGCGCGGGAGGAGCGGGAAUGGAAAAAAAGCCGCGUCUCAUUUUGAAAUAACCAAAGUGUCCUCUCAGCAAGUGGGAGAUGGUGGAGUCAUUAAAGGCUGGGAAGAGAGGACACUGAAUAUGACCAAAGCAGUGAGGUACAACAAAGACUUGGGCACCUUCACUGUGGAGAAAGCAGGGGUCUACUUCUUGUUCUGCCAGGUCCUGUUUAACGAGCAGGAGUCUCAGUAUGUGAAGCUGGACGUGGUCACAGUCGGGCACAGGCCUCAGAAGCUUCAGUGCAUGGAGGGCUACGGGACCACCCCCUCGGCCGGCCCCCACAACUUCCACUUCCUGAAACCGUGCCAGGUGUCCGGGCUCCUGCGUCUGGACAGGGGCACGGAGCUUCAGGCCAUCACGGGACCCUCCUUCAGACUGCACACGGUUGGCAACCCCUCAGCCUCUCCGCACGUUUUCAGCAUCUUCAAAGUCAACUGACACCAGAGUUCACUGAAGGAAGAAAAAAAAGUUGCGGAAACUUCUAUUGUGUGGCAGUGCCUUUUUUGUGGUCACAGAUUUUUGGGCCAUUGCAAAAUGCUGAUGUUAAUUUAAAAAGCAAGCCUGCCAUUUGUGGAAGUUGUUCUGGACAGUUUCUGUACUGCGCACUGCUGCUUUGGAACUCAAUAUAGACUUUGGACAGGUACCAAGGCUCAAUGGACCAAAUGCCUGGACCAAUAUUUGAGGGAACAGAUGUGACGGAAACUAUUCUCUAGAUAAGGCUUCAUAUGAAGGCAGAACUACAUGGAUUUUCAACUUAGUCUUAGUAUUGUGGUCCAUAUUGUGCUUACAUUCUUGUCAUGACAGAGACUUCAGACAGUAAAGCUGUGCAUGCACCUUCCACUUUGAUUUUGUUCAGAUAGUGCGCUCACAUCACAUCUCAGUCCAGACCCCUCUUUCUACUUUUGUGUUUUUUUACCAAAUAGUUGGCACUCCUACAAUGCAAUAUGUGUGUGUUUGUGUCCAGUGCCUCUCUUUUAUCUGAAUCAUAUUUAAAGAUGCUCAAGAGCUGCUUUUAUAACAUGGAUGUGAAUUUGCUGUUUUGCCUGAUGUUUAAAAUGGGUUAUGUGAUAUUUUAUGGAAAACAACUUUUAUUGAAAAAACUUCUUUUGUAAAGAAGGACACUUGGUGUUGAUUUAAAGGUACAUUAUGUAAAAUUUAGUUAUUCAAAAUGUGUUUUCAUUAUAUUUUAUCAUAUUAUAUUUAGUAAUCUUCUUUUGGUUUGCCUUUAGAUUUUAUGUCCUCCCCAAGGUUACUGUAGGUACUUAAUGGAGCUAGUAUUUAGACCUGUCAUGAUAACAAAUUUUGAAGUACAAUAUAAAAUAAUAAUAAAAUAUAGGCAAUAAACAAUAAUAUUGAAACUAACUGAUUAUUCCCCCCUUAAAAAUAUUAUAAAUUUACAAUAUUGUUAAAAGAAUAUGAGGUGAUGUUUAUAUCUAUAAUGAGUGAUAAAAGUUAUUUAUUCAAACCUAGAGAGCUCAAAUCUUAUCACAGUACAGAUAAAAUGACCAACUAUUCCCCAAAAUCCAAAGAAAUUGUACACACGAUAAGUACUGAGUCCCAAAAAUAUUGUCAGGUACGAUAAGUCAGUAUGGUAAUUAUCAUGACAGGUCUGCUAGCACUGAGUGACUGUAUACCAAAUGUGUACAGAUUUCUAUUUUACAUAAUAUAAAGGGACACUAUUUUGAACACCUGCUAAACAAGUAUAAGCAGAGUAACCACUUUUAACAGUAUUUUGUCUUCAGUAUUCUUACAUAAACAUCUUAUUGUCAUUGAUUCAUUUCUGAAACUGUAGAGUGGCUUUGGGGUGUGACACAUUCAAACUCUUCAGGGCCAAGUCUGAGUCUGGGACCAAAAAGUGCUCCAUCAUUCACCUUAAAGUGUCCUUAAAGGUACACUGUGUAACUUUUCUUGUGGAAGUCUGCCAACUGCUUGUCUCCAUGGAGUUUUUACUGCUUUGCUUGGAAUGUUCCGCAGUGAAGCAUUAAUCUCAUUUAUCUCCACGAAGAUAAACAGAAAUGAAACUAGGCCUAGAUACAGGUCAGAUCUGUGGAGAGGCGUUUCAUUGUAUUUUAAGAAUCCCUAUUUUUCAAAGCAAUAAACACAUCUGUAAUGGAAUAAAUGUAAAGUAGACAAGUUUAAUAACGCAGUGAGAAAAAUUCCAGGCAAAACAAUCACAUCACCAUGGAGACGACAAGCAGGUGGUGGAUGCUUUACAAGAAAAGUUACAGAGUGCACCUUUAACAUGCUGUAGCUGCUUUGUGUCAUAAUCCUACAACAAAAACAGUGUAUAUUUUGAGCAAAAGCACUCCCACUCUUGUUUAUAAGUAGUUUCGCGGACAGACCACAACGUUUUCUCCUGAGCACUUUACUGCAGCGAAAGGAGUUUUUUAAUUAGACCCAAACUUGAGCCUUUUGAAUGGAAAAAGUUGGGUGUAGACAUUGAUUUCCUAAUGUUUGCUUGUGUGUUGGUCACAUAGCCGCGUGGCCUAUUUCUCCAUCAGCACAGAGUAGACCACAGUGUGUCCCGCUCACUGGCAGCUGGCUACAUUUUCACUUCCUGAAUUUAACCCUGAAGCACAUAGCUCAGAGUCUUUGAGGAAAAAAAUACAUGGCUCCCUUCUCCUCGGCCACUUCUCACACUUCUGCUCCUAUUCCUACUUGUUGAAAUGUCAAAUUUUAUUGCGUUUUGUAAAGUCUGUGUAAAAAUGUUUUUGUAUAAUGAUGUACUUAAAGCCAGAUUUCUUUUUUUUACUUUUUUAAAGCACAUGUAUAAUAAACAAAUUGUUCUUA